GCCAUGAGGGCAUUGGGCUUUGAACCUAAAAAAGAAGAGAUCAAGAAAAUGAUCUCAGACAUCGACAAGGAAGGGACAGGGAAAAUCAGCUUCAAUGACUUCUUGGCAGUGAUGACACAGAAAAUGGCGGAAAAAGAUUCCAAGGAGGAGAUUCUCAAAGCUUUCAAACUCUUUGAUGAUGAUGAAACUGGCAAAAUCUCAUUCAAAAACCUCAAACGUGUGGCCAAAGAACUGGGGGAGAACCUCACAGAUGAAGAGCUGCAGGAGAUGAUUGACGAAGCAGACAGAGAUGGGGAUGGGGAAGUGAAUGAGCAGGAGUUCCUGCGGAUCAUGAAGAAGACCAGCCUGUACUGA